CGGAGUUUUAUUUUGAAAGGCAGACACCGGACUUGCUGGCGCUUACGUGUCGGGGCGUGGAUGCAUUGGCCAGGUGUGUUUCUGCCGUCAUGGGGCUGGUGUACUCUGAGCCGGCCUGUCAGGCGGCCUAUGGCGGAGACCUCCAACAGCUCUAUGGGAUCCUGAAGGAGAACCCGACCCUGAUAGACGUUCAGGACCAACACACUGGGGACACGCCGCUCAUUGCUGCUUGUCGUAAUGGUAACCUGAAUGUGACGAAGUAUCUGCUGAACAAUAAGGCCAAUACCCAGCUGACCAACAAGAAACAGAGGACGUGUCUUCACUACGUGUCUAAGAGGACUUUGUCUCUUCUGGACUACCUGAUGAUUUCCAUCCUGAUGCCUAUCCUGCUGCUGGGAUACUUCCUCCUGCUGCAGAAGCAGAGGAAGAGUGUGGAGCUGAUGGAGGCCGUGCUGAGCAGCAAUGUCAAUAUUGACGCCAUUGACUAUAAAGGCAACACGGCGCUGCAUUACGUCUGUCAGAGGAAAAGCCACCGACUAGUUCCUCUGCUGUUGAAGCGGAAUGCCAAAACGGACGUCAGGAAUAAAGAUGGAGAAACUCCUCUGGACAUCGCCAUCAGGCUGCAGUUCACUAAGAUUGUUAACAUGCUCAGGAAGGAAAACUGAUGGAGACCAAACAGAUGUCAAACUUCUGCUGAAGAAAAGACACUAAUCUCAGACUUUGAGCUAAAACAGGGUGAUAGUUACUGUGCUACGCAACGCUGGUGCUUGGUGUGCUAAUAAAGGCUAACAUGUGGUGUGUUAAACUGGGCUAAAUAUUUCUGUGCUAAGCUAGGUAAAUGGUUUCUGUGCUAAGUUUAGGUUAAUUAGCUGUGUCUAAAAUCAGGGGCUGCAUCCUUCAAAGGCUAACUAAGUAAUGAAGCUGGUCCUAAUUUUAAGGCUCCUCUAAAUGCAGCCCUCUUUUCCAGACUUUAAUAUGUGACUGAUGUUUGCUUUGUGGCCCGCUCUGGUUUAAGAUUAAUUGAGUGAAAUGGGUGAAACUGGUGGCAAAAACUGUGAUUAACUUUUUAUAAGAAAUCUAACUUUACACCAUCUCAGUUUGGCUAACGGCUUCUGUGCUAACUAUGGUAAUGCUUUCUGUGAUUAGCCUAGCUAGCCAUUUCCAUAUGAAUCUGUUGAAGUUUUUGUGUUAAACUUGUUGCAGUGCUAAGCUAGGCUAAUUGUAAUGUGCUAAAGGAGGAUAAUGAUUUGCUUGUUAAAUUAGGGUAUUUAUUUCUUUGCUGAGCUAGACUAGUGAAUUUUUAGAAGUUACAAAACCAGUACUAUUAAAGGAAAAGUCAAGUCACUAUGAAUAAUCAAAGGAUCAUUAUCUAUACCUAAAAC